AUGCUGGUAGUGCGCAUGGAGGUGGACAUGUCUCGGGAGGCGCGUGGCGCUCUUCGUUUGAAGACCGUAGACUUCCGGGUCGCACCAGAGUAUCCUAUUCCGGCGCAAGUCAACGACUGCUUCGACGCCUACAAAUGGUGCUACCAUAACGCCUCCAAGCUUGGGGGCGACACCGCCCGCUAUUUUUCCAUUGGGUCUUCGCUGGGAGGGGGCGCUGCCGUGGGAGUAGCCUUGAAGCUCAUUGAUGAGAACCUAGGUCAAAUGUGCUCGGGAAUUGUGGUCCUCUGCCCUGCUCUUCUUCAUCCAGAGUUUGUCCCCGAUGAAUACAAGACUCUCUUCAAGGCUUAUGAAGAGAAUUGGACCGGUUCUCCAUUGCAGGACGGCGAGAGCAUGAUGAUCUUUUACGGCCACAAUGGCGGCACCAACCAGCGUGCCAAUCCAUACGCCUUUCCAUGCAUUCAUCCUGGAAUCUUCCGUCUUCCCCCAGUAUACCAGGCUAUCUGCGAGGCAGAUCCAGUUCGAGAUGAUUCGACUGUUCUCAAGUAUCAGCUGGAUAAAUUCGGGGUUCGAAACUGGUUUCAUACUUACCCAGGCAUGCCCCAUUACUUCUGGCUGUUCCCGCAACUGAAAAGCUCAGAGACUUUUCAUCAGAAUGUCGUAGAAGGAGUGAAGUGGGUGCUCAGCCAGACUAACUGA